UACCGUCCUUGCACUUUGAUCCUGGUGCCUUCAAGCAGGAAGUCAAGGAAAUUUCUCUGUAAGCUGUGAGAGGAACAGGUGCUUUCUGCUGUGAACGGUCUUGGUAGAAGGGAACAAUGACACCGGAGCAGAGCUGCCGCUGACGGGUUAGUGAUUCUUGCCAAUCUGAAGUUUUUAACUCCAAAACAGCCGGACGUUGUAGUUUGAAAAUGUAUGGAAACAGCGGACCUUUCUCUUAUUCCCCAAGGGGUUUCUCGAAGGAGGACCUCCCUCAGCCGAGAUGGGCUGUCCAACAAGAUGACCUCAGGCAGUCUCCACUGCAGAGAAACAACAUGUCCAGACCUAGUGGAAAGUCAAUAUACAUGCAGAGAAAGGAGUACUCUGAGACGCUGAACAGACAAUCUGACAACUUUCACGUCAGAGUGGAGCACCUGUUCACCUGUGAGCUCGACGGCCAGGAGCUGAAGACAGUGGACAGCUGCGUGGCUAAACUCAAGAGGCUGGAUGCCAAAGGUCGUCUGUGGUCGCAGGAGAUGAUCAUCGAGGUUCAGGGAGGAUAUCUCCUGCUCAGUGACAUUGAGACGAAGGCAGAGCUGGAGUUGCUACCAUUGGCUUGCAUCCUGGAAACCAAAGCUGUGCUGGAUAGCUGCGCCUACAACUCUCUUCUGACAGUAACAGUGCAGGAACGCAACAAACACAAUCCCCAGGUCUUCAUGUUCCAGUGUGAGGAGACUGGGGCGGAGCUCAUCAAGAGUGACCUGGAUAAGGCCGUCCAAAAAGGAGGCGCUGUUGUGGAACCACGGAGAGAGCCGACUGACAUCAGGAGUAAUCUUGAAAAUAUCAUCGGGCAACAAGCUCUGGGAAGUUUCCGGCAGCCUGGAUUUCGUCCUGUGCAGCGAGAGAGGACCCCACCGCCACCAGAACACCCGCCCCCACAGUGGAGAGAACCAGAGAAUUUCGCCCCUACACGCUACACCCAACAAGAACCAGUGAUGCAUCUUCCCGACCUUCGUGAAUUACAGAUCAGCCCAGAGGUCCCUUUGUCACCUGUGCCAACAGACACAGCGAGGAACACGGACAUUUUUAACCAUGUUCUAAAUGACUUGGAGAUCUUUAUGGGCAAAGUGUCGACUGUAGCGAAUGCACCUUCACUGAAAGGAGACCAGAGCAAAAAGAAAAAUGCAUCUAAGAAGAAAAAGUCAAAGAAAUAUGCCCCAGCUGUCAGUCUGCCACCAUGGGAGGAAUAUGUGUCCUGUCUUCAGAAAAUCAAAUAUGGAUUCAAUCUGCUGGGCCAGCUGGACGGGUCGCUGAACGGCCCCACUGCUCCUGACUAUGUCCACAUCUUCUUCGGUAACUUGGCCAUGGUGAGCUCUUCUAAACUAAUUUUUGUCUCAUAUUUUUCUACACUUAAAUGUGAACAGUUGAUACUUACUUCCUCCAUUUUUCCACAGAUUGUGCCUCAGUAUCCUGCCGACCUCCCUCCCACUGUCAUCUCCCCCCUGCUGACAGUGGCAGCCCUGCGGCUGCUCAGUCAGGUUGUCGACCCGGAGGAGGACAACCUGUGGAGGUCUUUGGGAGACAGCUGGAACCUCCCCAGGUCUAGAUGGCCAGAAGAUGUCCCAUCGUACAUCCCAGAGUUCUACGAUGGCUGGCAGCCGCCUCCACCCUCACACAGGCCUUCCCCGAUCCCUUAUCAGAACGGUCCAAUGAGCAGGAGCAACAGCCAGCGCAUCCCACCUGGCCAACGCCAUCCCGAAGAGCCUAUGACCAACGGUCCAUGGAGUUCACCACCACCAAUAUAUCCCAGUGAACCUCCCCUGUACAUGAUGGUCAUUUACGACUUCAUGGCCAGGAACAGCCAGGAGCUGAGCAUUAUGAAGGGUGACGUGGUUCAGGUGGUUCAGAAAUCCAAGCAGUGGUGGCUCGUUCGCAACAGCCGCAAGGAGGAGGGCAAUGUUCCUCAGAACGUUCUGGAGCCGAUGAACGCGCCCAUGGACGAUCUACCGGACACUCGUGGUCCAGUGACCUUAGAUAUGACCUCCACAUCUGCAGAGGUCAAAGCCUGGCUGGAGUACAAAGGUUUCUCUAGAAUCACUGUGAAGAGCCUCGGGGUGCUGACUGGUCAGCUGCUUCUGGGAAUGACCAAGAAUGAAAUAAGGACUGUGUGUCCAGAAGAGGGAGGGAAGGUCUUCUUCCAGCUUCAGGCCAUUAAGUCAGCCAUUGCACUCGCCAGUGAACCAUCAAGCAUGUACAACGGCCGAUACUAACAACCUGCUUCACUGCUCCUUCACUUCCUUUUCCCCUGACUUUGCAUUCACAGAUAGACAUCUGGAAUCAUUAGCUUCUAAUUAAAUCUUUAAUCUCAAAUUAUCUUAUGUGAGGGGCUGCUUUCAGCAUUUGUAUUAUUUAAGACCAAGAACUUUAAGUGAAUGAAAUGUCUGUUAGAUAAUUUAUCACCAGCAGCAAUAGUUGGAAGUUACUCAACAAAUUUCCCUGAAAGGACAAGAAAGAAUCUAUUUACUCCAUCUAAUCUUUACUAUAGUUUAUUUCACUUAUGUUCCCUUUAGCUAUUUUAAGUAAAUUGUGUAUAGUCUUCCCAAAUGUGAUUAAACCAAAAAAUAUGUAACUACACUACAGUUGGAUUGAUUUAAAACUGUAGUUAACCAUUAUUAGAUGCACUGUAUAAAACCCAGUUUCUUUUGCUUCAUUAACUUAUACCACAUAUUCCAUUUUCUUUUAAUUGAUUCUUAAAUGUUGUGUAUUGUACAGAAAGUGAUGCUGAAAUUGAGUCAUAAACUGGAAGAAACAAAGUCAGUAAAAGAUUUACUUUAAUCUGUCAAAUCAAAUCUCUUUCAGUUGUAAUAAAGACAUUAAGUGCUUUAAUUCAAAUUAAAGUUUCUACUCAUCUUCAUAAUA